GUGGCCCGGCCCUGGAAGAAUGCGGCGCUGCCGAGGGGGCAGAACACGACUCAGUCUCCCCGCAGUUUAAGCAGCCCGAGCAGAGCCCAGGCGACCCAAACUUGCGGGUCGCAGACCCUGAGCUCGAACCGCUGGAGGCGCUGAUCCAUCUACCCACCGGAGCCUCCGGGCUUCGACAUGCUGGAGGAGCCCCAGCGGCGGCCUCCACCCUGGGGCCUCUCGGGUCUCCUGUUCCUGGCCUUGUGCAAUCGGGCUCUAAGCAAUGAGAUUCUGGGCCUGAAGCUGCCCGGGGAGCCACCACUGACGGCCAACACCGUGUGCUUGACGCUGUCCGGCCUGAGCAAGCGGCAGCUAGGCCUGUGCCUGCGUAGCCCCGACGUGACUGCGUCGGCGCUGCAGGGUCUGCACAUCGCAGUCCACGAGUGCCAGUACCAGCUGCGCGACCAGCGCUGGAAUUGCUCGGCGCUCGAGGGCGGUGGCCGCCUGCCGCACCACAGCGCUAUCCUCAAGCGCGGUUUCCGAGAGAGUGCUUUCUCCUUCUCCAUGCUGGCGGCUGGGGUCAUGCAUGCGGUCGCCACAGCCUGUAGCCUGGGCAAGCUGGUGAGCUGUGGCUGCGGCUGGAAGGGCAGUGGUGAGCAGGAUCGGCUGAGGGCCAAACUCCUGCAACUCCAGGCACUGUCCCGGGGCAAGAGCUUUCCUCACUCCCUGCCCAGCCCCAUCCCUGGCUCAGGCCCUGGCCCCAGCCCCCAGGACACAUGGGAAUGGGGUGGCUGUAACCUUGACAUGGACUUUGGAGAGAAGUUCUCUCGGGAUUUCUUGGAUUCCAGGGAAGCUCCCCGGGACAUCCAGGCACGAAUGCGAAUCCACAACAACAGGGUGGGGCGCCAGGUGGUAACUGAAAACCUGAAGCGGAAAUGCAAGUGCCAUGGCACAUCAGGGAGCUGCCAGUUCAAGACAUGCUGGAGGGCAGCCCCAGAGUUCCGGGCUGUGGGGGCAGCGUUGAAGGAGCGGCUGGGCCGAGCUAUCUUCAUUGAUACCCACAACCGAAAUUCUGGAGCCUUCCAACCCCGCCUGCGUCCCCGUCGACUCUCAGGAGAGCUAGUCUACUUUGAAAAAUCUCCUGACUUCUGUGAGAGAGACCCCACUGUGGGCUCUCCGGGGACAAGGGGCCGGGCCUGCAAUAAGACCAGCCACCUGCUGGAUGGCUGUGGCAGCCUGUGCUGUGGUCGUGGGCACAAUGUGCUCCAGCAGACGAGAGUUGAGCGCUGCCAUUGCCGCUUCCACUGGUGCUGCUAUGUGCUAUGUGAUGAGUGCAGGGUUACAGAAUGGGUCAAUGUGUGUAAGUGAGGAUCAGCCUCACCUUGGGGCUGGGGAAGGGGACUGUGUGAAAGGGCCACUUUUUCAGCCCUGUGCUUGGAUUUCUGUCCGGGGUGAUCUUGGCCCCUGGAAGCUCAAAGCAUCUACCUGGAAACAGCCUUGGGGUGGUGGGGGUCAGGGUCUGUAGUUCGCAGCCUUCUCCACACAGCUGGAGGGCCUUGGGAGGAAGCUGUCACCUCCCUUCUGUUCCUUAAACACCUGAAUGGACUAAGAUGAAAGGCACUGUAUUGCUCCCCUCUUCUCAACCCCAGGACCCCUUUAAGCUGGAUUCAUAGUUCUUUUGGCUGGGGGGUCUUUAUAGUUUGGUCAUUCCUCUCCCUUGAGGGACAACCCCAAGGCCUUGUGUGGAGCCAUUAAGACCUGUAGAAAAGGACCGCCCCUUUCCAUUUGCUUUCUCAAAUUCCUCUACCACAACCCGGACCCCUCUUUUGUUGGAUCAUGGGAAGCAGUACUGGAACAGAGGUUUUUUCCUUCAGGAAGGCACAGAGUGCUGAGGGGUACUCUCCUCUGAAUCCUCCAGGGCUGGACUUUGGAAAGUCCAGGCCCUAAGGAAAGUUGUCUCCUUCCAUUCAGGUGUUAAAGGGGAACUUCCAAAGAAAGGAUUUUACCCAAGACUCUUGGAGCCCCAGUUUUCCUCCUUCAGCAAGAAAUGGAUAAUUUAUUGUACUGAGAAUUGUUCUUGAAACUAAAAUAAAUUAAGUUACUGGAC